CUAGCGCGCGUCAACAGCAACAGCUAGGAUGUUGCGAUAUCGCUGGCAGCCAAAGAUUGCUGUGGUUGCAGAGAUUAGACCGCUGGGUUGAAACCUCUGCCUAAUGUUUUGGUGGAUGUCAAAUUGUGCGGUACACAUAUUAGCAGCUACGGUUACAAUACACGGAGUCUUUUUUAGCCUCCCUUUUCGAGCCGACGCUUGUUUGUGUUGAUGAGAGGCUGCGUCGCGCUAGUGCGUUAGCUAACUGAAAUCAUAGUUUUGACUGGAAAUGGGUGCAAUUAAAUAGCUAGACGCGCAGCUAAGCUAUGUGGCAGCAAACGGUCGCUUCACUUCACUGAGGAUGGAAAGAUUUUUUCGGGCAACGCUAUCGCACGAGUUACACGUCGGAUACAUCGCACUCGAAGACGUUAUCUUCAGAGGAUAACCUGGAUAACCUUAACGUACACGAAAUGUCAUAGCGCGUAAGUAGCUAGCACUGAGCUAGCUGGGUAAUGGCUGGACGAGAUGGAGAAGGACCUAAUGUUUUCAUCGUCAGCAGCCUACCAUGAACAGCUGGAUGGAUAGCUAAAGAAAUACUUUCUCCGGAGAUGCUUUAGCCUCCUGGGUGGUGUAAUUCACUUACAUAACAGCUAGUCGCAACCGCUCUCGCUAUCACCAACUGGCGUGUGUUGGCAGGCAAAUGGGAAAUUUGCCACCAAAAAUCUGGGUUCUCUCAACAUCAGCCUAAGUGACAAAGGCAUCACUGCAUGUUUUUGAGGCUCCAAAUAGACUCGUUUAGGUGUACAAUCUGAGCCGCACCGUUUAUCUUCGCAUCAAUUCGGGCACACAGGAAACGGCAGCUCAUCUGGGUGUCAGAGACUGAAGCCGCAAAUCAUCCUCCUGUCGUUCAGACAACAUGAGGAAGUUCUUUGAUUCGCGUCGGGAGUUGGUCAGCUCCGGGCCUGGUUCUGGAGGAGGAGGUGGCAGCUCCGGCUCCAGCCAUGCAGGCGGAAAUUUCAUUGGCCGAGCCUUCACUGUCGGACGGCACCAAGUCACUGUUGAGGAGAUAAUUGCUGAAGGUGGUUUUGCAAUUGUGUUCCUUGUGCGAACAAAUCAAGGGGUGCGUUGUGCCCUGAAGAGGAUGUAUGUCAACAAUGAGCAUGAUCUGCAGGUUUGCAAACGUGAGAUUCAAAUAAUGAAAGACCUUGUCGGUCACAAGAACAUUGUUGGUUAUCUGGACUCCAGUAUCACAGCUAUGGGAUCAAGGGACGUAUGGGAGGUUCUCAUACUUAUGGAUUACUGCAAGGGAGGGCAGGUAGUCAAUUUGAUGAAUCAGAGGCUGCAGACCGGCUUCACCGAGUCUGAGGUGCUGCAGAUCUUCUGUGACACCUGUGAUGCUGUUUCUCGCUUGCACCAGCGCAAGACACCUAUCAUUCACAGAGACCUUAAGGUGGAGAACAUCCUCCUGCACGACAAGGGUCAUUAUGUGCUGUGUGACUUUGGCAGUGCCACUAACAAGUUCCAGAGCCCACAGACCGAAGGAGUCGCUGCUGUGGAGGAAGAAAUCAAAAAGUACACCACUUUAUCAUAUCGUGCUCCUGAAAUGGUGAACCUCUACAACAACAAGAUUAUUACUACUAAGGCAGAUAUCUGGGCACUGGGCUGUUUGCUGUACAAGUUGUGCUUCUUCACUCUACCCUUUGGUGAAAGCCAGGUGGCCAUCUGUGAUGGCAGUUUCACCAUUCCAGAUAAUUCCCGUUACUCUUACGAUCUUCACUGCCUCAUUCGGUACAUGCUGGAGCCAGACCCAGACAAAAGACCUGAUAUCUACCAGGUGUCAUUCUUUGCUUUUAAACAAGCUCAGCGGACCUGCCCUGUUCAGAAUGUGAAGAAUUCUCCAAUUCCUUCGAAACUUCCUGAGCCAAUCAAAGCAAGUGAGGCUGCUGCAGCAAAGAAGAGCCAGGCUAAACCCAGACUAACAGAUCCAAUUCCCACUACUGAAACCUCCAUCACCCCUCGCCAGAGGCCCAAAGCGGCGCAUACCCAACCUGCUGGUGGCAUCCUACCCAUCCAGCCUGCUGCACUCACCCCUCGCAAGCGGGCUAAUCUCCCAGGUGGUGCAGCUCAGCCUGUGGGAGUCAGCUUAGACCUUUCACAGCCAGCUGCAGCUCUCCAGUCGCAGAAGGCACAGACUUCAGCUCUGCCACUCAUUCAGUCACAAAACAAUUCAAGUCAGGCUGCAGCUCCACAGAAGCAGGCUGUGCAGCCGGCCACAGCUCCAGCAACAGAGACGACAGCAGCAGCAGCAUCACUGGUAACCAAGGCAGACGUCCAACCACAAGCACAGCCAACAGUCCAGCCACAGACCACACCUCCCUCCGUGGCCAGCUCCACCUCUCAGCAGGCAGCACAGACCCCAUCCAGCCCAGCUCCACCUCAGCGUCCAGCUCGGCGCAAGCAGGCCAGCGUGGCUCAGCAGCCAGAAGCUCAGCCUUCUCCCACCAAGCCGGCCUCCGCUCAGCCGGCGGUAUCUCAGCAGCAGCAGAUAACUCAAGCAUCAGCUGCCCAGGCUCAGAAUGCCUCCACUGAGAACAGUCAAAAGUCUGCUGAGACAACUCCACCUGCUACUCCAAAGACAACUGAAGAGCGAGGCCACCAACGCACACCGAGUGAUGCCACAGUGAGUGCUGUUAGUGCUGUUCCAGUGAGUGAGUCCUCACAGCAGCCGCAAGGAGCUAAUGGAGAAGCUGCCCUCAAUCAAUCACUUACAUCUCAGCCAAACAGCACCCAGCCUGUGCAGCUCGGUGUUACUGAUGCAGUGCAGGACCAAAGUAAAGCUACACCCACUGCUCCUGCCUCCGGCGGUGCCAGCAAUACCCCCACACAGCCAGCAUGGAACCCCUUUGACGAUGACGACUUCUCCAACCUCGCUGCUGACGAAUUCAAAACUGAGGACAAAAAGGCUAAUGACCUACCUUCAGAAACUGAGACAGCAUCUUCUGAAGAGUUGAUACCAGGUCUGCAGGCCUCAACUUUGGAUGCUACACCCCAAGAAACUGUUGAAAGACCAUCAGCUAUUCUUGAUGUGGAAUCAGGAGCCUCAUUGUUGGCCGUCCCAGAUCCUUUCCAUACCCUCGAACUGUCAGAUGCACCAGAGAAGCUGAUUGAAGGACUCAAAUCUCCAGACACAUCUUCACUCAUGCUUCCUGACCUCCUGUCAUUGUCUGAUCCCUUUGGUGGCUCUGUGGAAGAGUCUGCAAAAGACCCUCUCACUGCAGACGACUCUCUCCUGGGCUGCUCUUUGAUCUCUGCUCCAUCUGCUCCUCCGGCAGCCAGCAGCGCCACCUCCUCGGUCUCCUCCGCUCCCACCUCCGCUGCCUCUGCUUUGGAUGAUUUCAGUCUGUUGUCUGGAGACUCCACACAGCCUAAAGCGGAUUCGUCUCUUCUGAUCUCAGACUUUGAGACCCAACCAGCCAGCGCAGAGGCCGGCACCGAGGACGAGUUUGAUCCCAUUCCCGUCACAGGCCGAAAGAAUUCCCAAGUUUCAGGAGGCCACUCGCGCAGUAACAGUGGUGGCUCUGAAUCCAGCCUGCCCAGCUUGGCCCGCUCUCUGCUGCUGGUGGAUCAGCUCAUCGACUUGUAGGCGGCCCCCCCUCCCCCAGUAGAAGCUGUAAACACUGGAUUAUAGACUGGCAUAGCAUAACAGCAAUCAACACUGUUGUCAUAGCUAGCUUCCUGCACCCCCCCCAGGUUGCCAUCUUCAUUGUAGUUCCUACAGUAGAAAUGUCCGUCACCUUUCAGCGCUUCUUCAUUCCCAGCCUUUACACUGCAUUUAUCUGGCUUCCCUUCGCCUCUCAUCUUUCAGCCUCAUUUUUUCUCUUUGUUGUAGUCUCCAUGCAUCAUGUGUUGUCCGCUGAGAAAGAGUGGCCAAUACACUAUCAUCAUCCUUUCUAAAGUUAACCAUUCCAUCCUUCUGUCAAUCAGGAUAUAAUAUAGCUAUCCAGUUUGUUUGAACAAUACUGCAUUAUGUCUAAUAGCAAACAAUAGAAGAUCAUUGUUGUAUUGUAUAAUAGGCAUAGUUCUAAGUGGUUGUAGUUAUUAUCGUGCACAAGUGAAUUUGUCGUCGUUUGCCUUUUUUAAAUUCUCCUCCCCAGAUUUAUUUGCACAUUUUAAAGAAAAGCAGUAGAAUUAAACGACCGUUAGUCCAAAUGAGGUUUAUUUCUAUAAACGCCAAACUUCUUUAAAACGUAGUCAUGUAGCCUGAUUUGCACAGUUGCAUAAAUGUGACCUCUGUCAGCGCUGUGGGAUGGAAUAUCUUUAACAAUUUAAGCUGCUAUCGAUUAGACUGGAAAACAUCAAAUUGAGUUACAGUCUGGAAACAAAACAGCCAUAACCGCGCAACGGCGAAGCGUCAUCCGAGAAGCAAACUUCUGACUGGUGAAGUUGUGAAAGUGUGUCCGCUAAACGUAACACGGCAACAAAUCGUCACGCAAAUUCUGUCCCAGCAUUCAACGUGAACUUGUUCUGCAGACAACCUGUGCAUUCAACACAAGGCCCCGUUCUCAUUUGCUUAAUUUUGAGCUUAGUUAUUUUUACACUUUUUUCCUCGAGGCAAAGCAAUAGUUUGUGUCGGAAUUAAAUGACAAAUCGAGGUCAUUUAACUGUGCUUAUAGCAGUGUGCCAUAUCAAUAAAAUGCAUGAACUCAUGAAAAUAAUUUGAAUAAUAAACAAUAAUAGGAAGCAGUAGAAAUACAGUAGCAGUUCUAUAUAGACAGAGCAUUCAUGACUAUUCAGGUAAUUUCUUGGCACUUGCAGAAACAGUCUAAUAUGUCAUUUUAAUUUAAUUUCACUCGCUCACACUUUUCUUUUUUCUUUUUUUUUAAUACUUACAUAUUCAUUCCACAUUGUGCAAUCCCUCCUACAUUCCUGUCAUUUGUUUACUCCUAAUUUAUGUAAAUAGAUAUCUGCAACCCGUGCAGGUCCUUAUCCAGACCGUAUAUAUGAAGUCAUUGUCAUAAAGCUUUACUUGUGGAAAACAUAUUGCUUUACUUGUGAAAUCUCCCUCGCUCUCAUAUAUAUAUAUAUAUAUAUAUAUAUAUAUAUAUAUAUAUAUAUAUAUAUAUAUAUAUAUAUAUAUAUAUAUCUUUGAGACGUUGUUUUCCUGUUAAUACAUGUUAAUAUGAAUAGAGUGUUAGAGAAUGAAUGUAAGUAAUAAAUAUUAGUCUAUAAUAAAAUAUAUCUAUGAUUCUUAACAUCAUAAUCAUUCAAUAAUAUUGAAGAAUACUCUAUAUAAAUAUUUCAUUCCUCUUUGUGGAAUUGUGUGUUAAGAAAGUUUUUUUUCUUGGUUCUAUCUACUCAGUAAUUGUCAGUACAUUAAAAUGUAUAGAUGAUAACCCUGGUCUUUGUUCAGCCCGGAAGAUUAGGCCGAAUCCCACAUCUUACUCCACCUUUGUGAAAAGAAAGUGAGCCUGUGUUCUGUUUGUUUACAUGGACUGAUGAAGGAUUAUAUUUUUAUUCAAAACAGUCUUCUGGAUAGUGGGAGUUUAACUGCUUGAAUUUUAGUCCUGUUCCGUUUGAAAUUGUGCUUUUUAAAGGCUUUUGUUUCGCUUUUCGUGAUCACAGGAUUCAUAUCAAGAAGCAUGGCAGUGUUGUUGAAUGUUCUGUUCAUGUGUGUUGGUAUACAGUGUUAUGAUCAGUAUGUGUGUGCGUGUGGAGUCUGAAUUGUUGGAUGUGUUUUCCAGUAGCCUACUUGUGUUGUUGUUUGCUGCAAAUUUGGCAACGGUCACGUUGUCAUUAAAAUCCUCCUUUGAAAGCACAGGCCCCCCCCUCUAAAUUCUCUCAGGUAGUCAGAGUUACAUCACUCUCUUUCUCUGAGAGCUGGAAAUGUACAGUAUUGGCUUACUGCUCCCUAUCCUCACUGUCCUCUAGAAGUCUGCGCUUCAUAUUACAGUUCACUGAGUAACAGAUCUUGUCUGGUAUGUAAUGUGUGAGGGGCUCUGUGAAGUGUGGAAACUCUGCCAGUCUUCGAGUGAAGAUGCAGCAUGGAUGCUGUAGCGGUGCUUUGAUUAUCUGACAGCGUCACGUCAGCUGUCGAGGGUUAGAAAAUAUCAGCUCCAAUCAGCAAUAUAAAUGUUUCUGGAGGAUCAAACAAAUGUGUUUUGUUUCCCGUGCAUGAUUACAGAGGGAAGACAACGUUCACCUGCUUGUUUUUUUUCAUUUUGUCAUGUUAGAAAGGGACUUUAAAAAGCACACUAAAUGUUACAGUAUGUUUUUGUGAGACUGACUGAAAAUAUACUGGAGGAGUGAAAGUAAUUCUGUUUAAAUAGUCAGGAUUUAAACUUAAGCAUUUAGAGUAAUAAACUUGCCAUAUUAACCCUGACAAAGUGCCCAAAUCUUAAUAGGUUUUCACACAUUGGUUACAUAUAAUUCACUUACCUUCAUAUAAUAUGGAAUAAAAUGCAGUUACCCUGACAAUGACUCAAGUUAAAACAUUAGUUCAAAACACAAUUAUCUUAGAAAUUUAAAACCUAGCAUCUGAAAGCAGUGCCAAAAGCAUGCAGUGCACAAAGUGACUUAUUCAGUUGUUCUUUCAUUAUUAAAAAUCAAGAAGUUUCAUCUUAAUGUGGGGUUUAUAUUGGUUUCAGUGUUACUUCAGUAUUCUCCAUCUGCCCCCAAAAUUAAGAAUAUUUAGAGCAGAACAUUCACAACCUGUAUUUUGAAUUAGAGCAUCUUUUAGGACCUACUGAAUCUGCAGAAAAGUAACAGAGGAAGUUGUUUUCAAAGCAGCAGCCUCUUGGUGUUUUUACUGCAGGUGCUGCAUGUGUAAUUGAAAGCUUCUGUUUUCUACCAUCCUCUCUGUGAUCCUUCCACCGAACAGCUCAGUCAUUUGCAGUUACUGUUCGAACCUAUGCAACUCCCGAGCUUAACUCCCGAGCUUUUCUCCCCGUAGCCGCCAGUGUGCUGUUGUAAUCAGUAAAGCCGAGCAAGAUGAGUCCUUGAUGUGAAACAGAAGCCCCUCGUUUUCUCUGUUGUUUCGCCAAAAAUGAAAGCUGUCGAUUAUCUGAUACUAUUGAGUGUUUUGAGACGCCUCCUGUCGUUAUGGCCCAAACCUGCGUCAGAGCUGUGAUAUCGUGUGCUCCUUCUAUUUUUGUGAGAUAACUAAAGAAUUAUAAAGGGAUGGCAAAUAAAGUACAAAUGUGAAUGUCAA